AUGACUUAUGGAGGUCCGGUAAGCACAAAAAAUCCAAAAAAUUUAAAAAAAUUACAAAUUAACCGCCAAAAAUAAAAAAAAUUACAAAUUAACCGCCAAAAAAAAAAAAUUAUUAAUUAAUAAAAAAAAAUUACAAAUUAACCGCUAAAAUUGCAGCCAAAAGUGUGUUGCUUCAAAGCGCGAUCAGUUAUAAUACUUUUCUCGCUAAUGGGAUUCUUCGUGUGCAUUUGGCAAGUGCUGGCCAACGACGAUCACGUGACACGAGCCACCGGCGCCAUUUCCGGCCUUCUCGAGCUCGUUCUCCUGUGGGGCGUCGUCAAGAAUCGGCCGAGACUGCUCAAGGUCGCCAUGUACAUUUCUGUACGUUUUUAUCCGCUUUUUCCAGGAUCUCCGUGAGAUUUGCAAAAUUUUGAUACCCAUAUUGUCAUACUUUUGCGACAUUUUCCAUCCUGAAUCCGAAAAUCGGCACGAAAUUCAGCUAAUCCAUCUCACGUUCGACUUUGGCACAAUUCUAGUCAGCCCGGUGUACUUUGCGAGUCAGACGGCGUCCGGAUACGAAUCCAACGAUACCUACCCGAUAUUUCCGAUCAUUUUCGGCGCGAAAAGUCGAGAGGAAGACCGAUUCAUUUUGGGCCUUGUCACCGGCUAUUCCGUCGAAAUUUUCAGCACCAUUUCGGUGUUUUGUGAGUUUUGAAUCGAACAUUUGCGAAGUUUUUGAAGUUGAUUCAGUGCUUUUUCCAGUGGGCAUCCUUCAAUUCGUCCUCAUCAAUCGUUGCUACGUCUACCGCAAAAUGAUCGAGAACGGAGUGCUCAAAAAGACGACAGUUUUGAUGAAGUUUUGA